UUAGUUCUGAAUCUGUGGUAUACCUUGUAAUUGCAUUCAAAUGUGAGUAAUUGAUCAUAAUUGGCACCUCUUUUCUUUCAACUCAGCAAGAAACAAACAAAAGAUGUCUGCAAUCUUUACAAGCUUUUCUCCACCACCACCGCCACCAAUCAUCUCUUUCACGGAAAUGGCCACUUCCAUUUCAGAGCUCCAUCAAGCUCAUGCUUAUAUGCUCAAAACUGGUCUUUUCCAACAACCCUUUGCCGCCAGCCGCCUAAUGACGGCUGCAGCCACCUCCUCUAUUGACAGCCUCUCGUAUGCCCACACUAUAUUUACCCAAACACCCCAACCAAACACAUAUAUGUACAACACUCUGAUACGUGGUUAUGCUACUAGUCCUACUCCGAAUGUGGCCCUGUUUUUGUUCGUUAAGUUGCUUUGUGAUGAUCAAGAUUUGCUUCCAGACAAGUACACUUAUACAUUUGUUCUCAAAGCUUGUGCUUGUCUUUGCCGUGUUAAACAUGGGAAACAAAUUCAUGGGUGUGUGAUAAAAAAUGGGCUUUCAUGGGAUGUUUAUAUAUGCAAUACUCUGCUCCAUAUGUAUGCAAAAUGCGGGUGCUUUGAAGUUGCACGCCAUAUGCUUGAUAGAAUGCCUAAUAGGGAUGUUGUUUCGUGGAAUGCUGUGUUGAGUGUUUAUGUAGAAAUGGGGUUCGUGGACUUGGCAUUUGACUUUUUCAGUGAGAUGCCUGUGAAGAAUUUGGAGUCUUGGAAUUUUAUGCUUUCAGGGUAUGCGAAUUCUGGACUUCUUGAUGAGGCAAGGAGGGUUUUUGAUGAAAUGUCGGUGAAAGAUGUUGUUUCUUGGAAUGCAUUGAUCACCGGAUAUGCUAAUUCUGGUAGGUAUAAUGAAGUCUUGGAGCUUUUUGAUGAUAUGCAGAGAGCAAGAGUGAAACCUAAUAAUCAUACACUGGUGACUUUACUGUCUGCUUGUGCUGGUAUUGGAGCUUUGGAACAGGGCAAGUGGGUUCAUGCUUACAUGGAUCGAAAUGGGAUAGAGGUCAAUGGUUUUCUAGCUACUGCUCUUGUGGAUAUGUAUUCAAAAUGUGGGUGUAUUGAGAAGGCUGUUGAAGUGUUUGAUAGUGCAUCAAGGAAGGAUGUUAGUACUUGGAAUGCGAUGAUUACAGGGUUCAGCGUCCAUGGUUUUGGAGAACAGGCAUUAAAGGUAUUUUCUGAAAUGGUUGAAAACGGUUUCAAACCUAAUGACGUUACUUUUGUAAGUCUCUUAUCAGCCUGCAGUCGCGCAGGUUUGUUAUUUGAGAGUCAUGAGAUCUUUGGUAACAUGUUUUCUAUUUAUGGAAUUAAACCUAAAAUUGAGCAUUAUGGUUGUCUGGUGGAUUUACUUGGUCGAUUUGGGUUGUUAAAGGAGGCAGAAGAACUUGUGGAGAAAAUGCCACAGAAAGAUGUGCUUAUUAUUUGGGAAUCUCUUCUGAGUGCUUGCAGAAAUCAUGGUAAUGUCGAGCUGGCAGAACAUAUCGCUGGGAAACUUUUAGAGUUGAAUCCUCAAGACAAUGCCGGUUAUGUUCAGUUGUCAAAUAUUCAUGCCUCCAAGGGACGAUGGAGUGAUGUUGUGGAUAUCAGAAGGAAGAUGAGGGAAAAACUAGUCAGUAAGAAACCCGGUGGCAGUGUGAUUGAAGUUGAUGGAGUUGUUCAUGAAUUUUUAGCUGGUGAAGGAAUGAUUUGAUAGCUGGAAAAGGGUGCAAUUUUGCCAUCCAUACAUGUGUUGUUGCUCCAAAGGGUUAAUUACAUGUUGUUCCAAGAAGUUCAGAAUAUUGAGGCCUUGGACAGUCUCAGAUGGUGAAUGUAUAAUUAAUUGUAGUACAAGUGGCAAUCUAGUGGGUGUUACAGGUGAAGACAAGUGUGAGGCCUAGUAUUGUGAAGCUUGGUUGAAUUCUUACAUUAUGCUUUAUGAAGUAUAUCAAAAUGAUGAGUCACGUGAAAGGUAAAUGAUAACCAUAAACUGAGAUUUGAAAGAUUGUUUGGCAAGGUCAAGCUUCAUCCAAUGUGUAACCGUUCAUGGGCUACAGUCUACAUCAAUAUCAUAUCUGAAAGGGCAAUACAUUCCUCCAAAUUCUUAGCUUCCGACAUGCAGUCCUCUUCAAUUGUUCCUAGAUUGGAGUU